GGAGCGGGAGGGGGCUCGCGAGAAGGUCGCGAGCUCGCAGACGGCCUGCGCCCGCCCUUGCGAGCCGGCCGGCCCGCCUUGGGGUGAGAAGGGAGCAGCUCUCUCCGCAGACCUCGCCAGAUGCGGCCACUGUUAAGUCAGCCGGCUGUCAGCGCGCGAGGACCCCGGGGCACGAGCAACGCCCCCUCCCCUCCUGGCCUGUGCGCGGCCCCCACCGCAGGUGGAGGGGAGGCCGGGGCACCCGACCCCCGUGAGUCCUACAGCGGCAGGCCGGGCCCCGCAGCAGUGGUCCAUUCUCCCUGCCCUUCCCCCUGGGUGCCGUCUUUUGACUUCUGGCGACCUACGACUCAUCUGUGCGUGCCAGGCUCUGGGGCCCUGCCCUGCCCGCCCUGUGGAGCCUACACCCUGGUGCUGGGCAGCACACAAGAGCAAGGCACUGAAUAAAUGCAUGCAUUUCUGCAGGACGUGGUCCAAGGUGCUGGAAACUUCCUAGCAAGACAUUCGCCAGCCUUGGGACCUCAAGGCUGAACAGACUUUGCAGAGCCACUCUAGGGAGAGAAGGAAAAUGUGCUUCCCACUCCCUGACCCCUCUCCACGCCUUGGGCAAAAUUUCCCAGAGCCACCACGGUGCUCUUGGUCAGUGAAGGGAGGAGCAGGCAUCCAGGUGGCAGUCCCGGGCAGUUGAAAAUCCACAUAGGCAGGAGGGGUGAGGCUGGUCCCCGUUGGGUCUCCCUGCCUCACUUCCCCGGUAGAGUCUACUGUCUACAAGCAACCACAUCAAUCCUUGUUCACUCUGGCCUCACCUUUUCAAGUCAUUCCAGGGAAGUAGCCACAUUCCAGAAGCUACCAUAGGAGAAUGUAAAAUAAUACGGAAAUCGGGGCAAGUCAACACGUUUGCCUCCUAUUGGUUAAUUAGGUUCCUUGGAGCAGAAAGAUCUUGGGACCUUAUGGUGCUCAGGUUCCUCCGGGGCAGCCCCACCAGGGUGUGAAACCUCCAAGCUGUGGUGUCAAGCUGACCUUCGUUCCAGUCCCAGCUCUGGCCAGCUCUGUGACCUUGGCCCUUCACCCAACCAUUCCAAGCCUCAGUUUCCUCAUCUAUAAAAGGAAACCAGGAAUCCUACUCCCGGCAGCUAGCAGAGAUGCUAACCGGCCCUGGACAGCUGGGGAAAUUGAACCACAAGUAACGACCGAGGUCCCCCAGCUCCUGACCGCCUUCUUGUCCCUUUUUGGCUCUGCCGUUUGCUAUUUAAUGUGUGUACCGGACAGCUUACGGAUGAGGGUUUCCUUGUAAUAGACAGAAAAGCACAAGCAGAGACUCCCGGUGGAGAAGGCCAUGUGAAGACAGAAGCAGAGAUUUGGAGCCAGGGGUCGCCUGGAGUCACCAGGAGCUAGAAGAGGCAGGAAAGAUCUUCCCCUGCAGUCUCUGGAGGGAGUGUAGCCGUGGGACACCUUGACUUUGGACUUCUGACUGCGGGGGAACACUUCCGUCGUGCUAAGCCCCAAGCUGUUUGCUGUGGCCACUCCAGGACAGUCUUACAAGUCCCAUUGCCCCUCAUCCGUACUCCAGCUCAGUUUAAUCCAGCUCAGUGGAGAACAAACCACCACCCUGUGGGAGCACACCCCACCAAGGGUUUGGGGGCCUCCAAGAAGAAUGACACCCAGCUCCUCGACUUUAAGGAACAGAUGCCUGCACUCCUGUUCUGGAAGCCGAUGGCCGCCCGUCUGUGGGAGCUUUCUAUCAGCACACAGUUCCCUUGCCAGGAAACAGCCAGGAGCCUCCGGAGGCUAAAGUGGACGGUGACCUGCCAGUCCCUCUGAAUGCUAGAAAUGCUGUCUCUUGGGGCUGGCCAUGCGGCUGUGGUUUUCUCAGCCAGCUGCUGCCCAGGGCUCCUUCCCUAAAACAGCCUCCAGCCCCAAGCUGUUUGCAGCUGGUCCCUUUCCCUGACUUCAGAUGGAAAGGUCAUCGUGGGCCCAGGGCCAAGCAAGUUUGUACGCGUUGGAACCAGAUUCUGACCUGAGUCAGUUGCCCAGGAUCUGCCCCUCCCGGAGGAAAGCAUAAAGAUCCCCCAUGUGUUUCCGAGAAGUACGAGCAGGGCUAAAGCGGAGGAACUGGAUUGCUUCCCAGUGCCAUCCCAAUCGAGGCUUCACCGCCUGGCUUGAAGUCUCAAGAUACAGAACACACCCAGACUCAAGUCGGGGUGAAAAACACAUUUCAAAGGCAGGGACAGCUUUCCACGUGGACAUCCGUACGGAACUCUCAGAACCAUCCCUGGCUGUGAAAUACGGGACCUACCAGGGCCAGUGGGCCGGCGGCAUGCGCCAGGGCUACGGUGUGCGGCAGAGCGUCCCCUACGGCAUGGCGGCCGUCAUCCGCUCGCCCCUGAGGACGUCCAUCAACUCCCUGCGCAGCGAGCACACCAACGGCGCCGCGCUGCACCCCGACGCGUCCCCGGCGGCGGCCGGCAGCCCGGCCGUGUCCCGGGGGGGCUUCGUGCUCGUGGCGCACAGCGACUCCGACAGCCUCAAGAGCAAGAAGAAGGGGCUGUUCCGGCGCUCGCUGCUGAGCGGCCUGAAGCUGCGCAAGUCCGAGUCCAAGAGCAGCCUGGCCAGCCAGCGCAGCAAGCAGAGCUCGUUCCGCAGCGAGGCCGGCAUGAGCACCGUCAGCUCCACCGCCAGCGACAUCCACUCCACCAUCAGCCUGGGCGAGGGCGAGGCCGAGCUGGCGGUCAUCGAGGACGACAUCGACGCCACCACCACCGAGACCUACGUGGGCGAGUGGAAGAGCGACAAGCGCUCGGGCUUCGGGGUGAGCCAGCGCUCGGACGGGCUCAAGUACGAGGGCGAGUGGGCCGGCAACCGGCGGCACGGCUACGGCUGCAUGACGUUCCCCGACGGCACCAAGGAGGAGGGCAAGUACAAGCAGAACGUCCUCGUGAGCGGCAAGCGCAAGAACCUCAUCCCGCUGCGCGCCAGCAAGAUCCGCGAGAAGGUGGACCGGGCCGUGGAGGCCGCCGAGCGGGCCGCCACCAUCGCCAAGCAGAAGGCGGAGAUCGCGGCCUCCAGGACGUCGCACUCCCGGGCCAAGGCUGAGGCCGCCCUCACCGCAGCGCAGAAGGCCCAGGAGGAGGCGCGCGUCGCCAGGAUCACUGCCAAAGAGUUCUCCCCUUCCUUCCAGCACCGGGAAAACGGGCUCGAGUACCAGCGGCCGAAGCACCCGAUUUCCAGCAGUGACAUCGAGGUGGCCUCCACGGGGACGCCCCUGCAGCAGGAGAGCCCCGAGCUGUACCGCAAAGGCACCACCCCCUCGGACCUGACCCCCGACGACAGCCCCCUGCAGAGCUUCCCCGCCAGCCCCACGGCCACCCCGCCCCCGGCCCCUGCCUCACGGAACAAGGUUGCCCACUUCUCCCGGCAGGUCUCUGUGGACGAGGAGCGAGGCGGGGACAUCCAGAUGCUCCUGGAGGGCCGGGGAGGGGACUAUGCCCGCAACAGCUGGGGCGAGGAGAAGGCCGGCAGCUCCAGGGGCGUCCGCGGCGGCGCCCUCCGCAGCGGUCAGCCCGCAGACGACUUCCGCUCCCGGAGCUCGGGCCACAGGCAGCCCGGCAACCCCAAGUCCCGGGAGCGGCGGACGGAGUCGCCCCCCACCUUCUCCUGGACUUCCCACCACCGGACCGGCAACCCCGGCUCGGCGGGCGCCAAGCUGCUGGAGCUGGAGGAGGAGAAGUUGAGCAACUACGAGACGGAGAUGAAACCGCUGCGGCGGAUGGACUCGUGCGCGCAGGAGGCGCACCCCCAGAAGAGGCGCUCCAGCAGGGGCGGCGCCGGCCGGGGCCUGGGCGAGGACCACCGCCCUGAGGAGCGGGGCUUCGGGGCGCAGAGGCUGCGGUCCAAGCCCCAGAGCAAGGACGGCGCCAGGCCGGCCUCCUGCACGGAGCCCGCGGUGCAGAGGCUGGAGAGCCUGCGGCUGGGAGAGCGGGCUGAGCCACGGCUGCUGCGCUGGGACCUGGCCUUCUCCCCGCCCCAGAAGUCCUCCCCGGUAGCGCUGGAGUCGGACGGAGAGGACGGGGACGAGCUCAAACCCAGCACGGGCUCGGCCCCCAUCCUGGUGGCCAUGGUGAUCUUGCUCAACAUCGGAGUCGCCAUCUUGUUUAUUAACUUUUUCAUCUGAGGAGACGUCGCGUGAGCAAAAACAGUGGUCGAUGUACAAAAGGGGGACGUUAAUAAAAAAAAAAGACGACAGAAAGGAAAGGAUGGUAACUCAGACGGCCGGACCACCACUUCUGAGACUUUUCACAGAACAAUGUGAUUGGGUAUUACUCACAGUUUGCCUUUUUUUCUGGGUAAUGUUUUUUGGAUUUUAGCCAAAAUUCUUUGCUUGUAUAACACGAUGCUGUGUGGCAUGGCAGAAGGAGGCCAGCACGCCGACCCUCCAGCUUGGUGUGGAAAGGAAAGGGACCCCGGCAAAUCAAUGGCCAAAAAACAAAACGGUCACCGUCCUCGCCGCCAUGACACUCCAUCUGGGACUGGAAAAGGAGGCGGCCGGAGGAAGACCCCAGCGUGUCCAGCUGUGCUGUGAGGCUGAAUGCAGAAAGUCUGUUACCUGUGCCGCUCCCCUGGGUCCUGGAAUAGCGGGUGACAAGUAGGGGCGGGGGGGGGGGGGGGGAGUGGGCGCGCCUUCCCAGCAGGCAGUGGUCGAGGCCGCUUCCUGUUUUGAGUCUGUGCCGUGUACCUGAGGAAGCAGGGAUCUGCCGCCUCUCCCCAUGGAGUCUGAAAGCAAGGUCCUCCUUCCCCACGGUCUGCCCCCUCCCCCACCACUCCCCCCUUCGUCCCACACCCCCAGCAGCAGUGGUGCGGACGGGACAGAGGGCAGGGAGUGCCGUGGGGCCACCUAGCUGCCACGCCCGGCUCCAAGUGUGUGGCCUUUCUCCACUUGGCAUGCAGGAUGUGUAUCCCGGCUCCCCGGUCCCUGUCAGACGUCCGUGGCAGUGACCUGGCCCGCGGCGACAUCAUUCCCUCUCGCGGUCCCCGGCCACAUGGGUUUUCACGUCUUUGUCCUGUGCCGGCCUCCACUUCCCCCACAGAUAUGCACACUCUUUCCAGAUGCCUCGUUCAUACUCCGGAGCUGGUCUGGGCCCAGGACAGGAAUGUGGGUGAAACCCAGUGGCUUCAAAACACCUGAGCACUCGCUGCUGCCCCCUCCCCCAAAAGCCACAACUCUGCCUUCUCGACCAAUGUUGCACCAUCAUCCAAACGAGAGAACAAGAAUGUGCGGGCGCCCCGUGGUCCUAGCGCUGGAGCCAGCCCCGGCCAGGGCGUAUGGACGUGUCUGUGGGGCAUGGCCACGUCCAUACCCCGGUCCCUGCGCUCACGCCCGGGACGGCCCUGACCGUGAGCUUCCACAGCCGUCCUGGGCACAGCCCGGCUAUGGACUCUGCCUUGCUUUGCUUAUGUUUAGCUGUUUCUCUGCUACCUUUCAAGCAGAUUUCUUUACUACACUGCACUGGAUUGCUAUAUUUUUAACCAGAAAUAAACUAAAGAUUAGAGCAUG